GUGCUAAUAGUAAUGGCUAUCAGUAUCAGUACCACACAUGCAGUUAGGGGGAUGAGAAAUAAAUGUAGUUGAGUUGUUACAUCCUUAUAAUUUUUAUAUUGGUCGAUGUUUCAUUGAAAAGAGGUAACUAUGAACCCAGGUGAUUUCGUUCAACAUAAUUUUCAUUGCAGGAGUUCAUACUGUCCUCGAGGUGGGUCACUUCUUCCCUCUAAUUUAACUUUUAGGGCUAAUGGCAAUUAUUUUGUUAAUACUAAUACUAUUACUAAUGCUAUCGUUGGUUUCACAGCAAACAAGUCUUUUGAAAAUUCCUAUCACUCGACACCUUUUACGGUACUUGGGACUCGUAUGAAAAUUAAUCCACAUUAUCUUUCUCCAUUUAGCCCUAAUAGUAAUAAUAUAAAUAAUUGCAAUAAUAUAAAUCAAUGGCACUGGCAGUCACCACCACAGGAAAGAUUGGGAAGGAAACCUAAACAUUUUUCUCCUUCACCUAGUCCAAAUUCAAGCCCUUCCUACUUAUGGUACCAUCAGACAUUUUCUAACAAUUCAAGUUCGAUGUCAGGUUAUUUUCCAACAUCCAACAGCAGUCCAGGUGGAAAGAGACAGAGCCGUGGUUCUCAUUCUUACCGUGGGAGAUCAUCCAUGGGAUCUGCCAACAUUUCGGGGAGUAGUUGUAACAUCAGCAAUUACGUGAACUCUUCCAUGCUCCAGAAUCCUUGGCAAGAACUUGAACAGAUGCAAAAAUCUUUUUCAUAUUCCUGAAUCUGAAAGUCAAAUCAGAAGCUUAUGAUAGAAUUUCUAACUUGUGAGUUGUCUGUCUGACAUGGAAAAUAAAAUGUCACACUAAAAAAAA